AUGUCGGCAAGAACUACGCGGGAAUGCUUAUAUCGGUUUUGCCAGAAUGUGGUGAAACUGUAUAGCAAAAAAUAUUUGCGUAAACCAAACUCGUAUGAUGUUCAGCAGUUGUACCAAGCUCAUGAAGCACGGCACGGGUUUCCGGGAAUGCUUGGUAGUAUUGAUUGUAUGCAUUGGGCGUGGCAUAACUGCCCGACUGCGUGGCACGGCCAAUAUACGCGAGGUGAUCACGGCCAUCCAACCGUGAUACUUGAAGCCGUGGCAUCACAAGAUUUGUGGAUAUGGCAUUCUUUCUUUGGUCUCCCUGGUUCACUCAACGACCUCAACGUUUCUGGGGAUGAGUAUAGACGUGGGUAUUAUCUUGCUGACGGGAUAUAUCUGUCUUGGUCUACAAUUGUAAAGACUAUUCCAUAUCCCGAGGGCGAAAAAAGGAAAAAAUUCGCCAAGCGUCAAGAAGCUGCAAGAAAAGACAUCGAACGUGCUUUUGGUGUCUUACAAAAAAAAUGGGCCGUCCUUCAACAACCGGCACGUGCGUUCACACCGAAGAGGUUGCGGCUUUGUAUGUACGCUUGCAUUUUGCUCCAUAACAUGAUUAUUGAAGACGAAGGUCGGACGAUUUGUGAGUAUGAUGAGAAUGCAUCUUACGGGAAUACUGUCCCGGUAGAUCCGGCACAACAGGAUUUAAACUCGUUCUCGCUAACCAACGACUUCACGCAUGCAAACCUUCAACAGGAUUUGGUAGAACAUAUUUGGAACAACGUUAACAUCGGGGACGGUGACGGAGACGAAGACGAAGACGAGUAG